AAAAUAUCAGAGCGGAAGUGACGUCGAUAUCCGUUAUCUGCAGUUUGUUGUGAUUGAAGCUUGGUCAUGCGGUCGUAGCUUCUUGACUUCAGUCAUAAGUCUUCCCAUCCCUCCUUAUGAGAUGGACUGUUGCAUUGUAUCUGCGCUGUGCUGUUUAAUCCCACUUUAUCUUCUUAUUCACUUCCUGUGUUUCGUUUUCGCGGAUGCAGACUUCACUCUGCUGUGGGCGAGUCUGUUAGGACACAGGCCAGAGAAGAAGCUGAAGGGGCUGGUGGUGUGGGUCACUGGAGCCUCCAGUGGUAUCGGGGAGGAGCUGGCCUAUCAGCUAGCAAGAUGCGGCUCGCGUCUAAUCCUGUCUGCUCGGCGUGAGGAUGAGCUAAAUAGGGUCAAACGUUGCUGUUUAGAGUGCUCCGACCUCCAGGUUGAAGACAUUCUUGUUCUUCCACUUGAUCUGUUGGAGAGGACAUCGCAUGAGGAAAAAACAAAAGUUGCAGUCCAGCACUUUGGACAUAUUGAUAUCCUAAUUAACAAUGGCGGCCGAAGCCAGCGCUCUCUGUGCAUGGAGACCAGUGUUGAUGUGUAUCAGGCCUUGAUGGAUCUCAACUUCCUGGGUACGGUCUCCAUCACCAAGCAGGUGCUGCCUUACAUGACGCAGCAAGGCACUGGGAGCAUUGUGACUGUCAGCAGCGUAGUUGGCCUUGCUGGGGCGCCCCUGGCAACAGGUUACUCUGCCAGCAAACAUGCUCUUCAGGGUUUCUUUAAUUCCCUUCGGACUGAGCUGACUGACUUUCCAAACAUAUUAAUCAGCACAGUGUGUCCAGGCCCUGUGCAAUCACAGAUUGUCCACAAUGCCUUCACAGAGGAACUGAACAAGCCUGUAGCCAUGGCUGGUAACCAGGAACACAAGAUGACAACAAGCCGCUGUGUGCGUUUAAUGCUGGUGGGAAUUGCCAAUGGUGUCAAGGAAAUGUGGAUUGCACAACAGCCCUUCCUCCUGUUUUACUACGCCUGGCAGUACGCUCCCACAUUUGCCUGGUCCGUCACAAACAUGUUGGGCAGAAAAAGGGUGCAGAACUUCAAAGCUGGUCUGGAUGCAGACUCUGCCUACUUCACCAAGCCCAAGACCUCCUGAAAGUUACAUUCUCAAGAAGAAACACGUUUAUUGCAUUCCUAAUAUUAAACCUGGAAAGUGAUGUGGGUGUUCCUGCAAAAUUGUAGGGUCCUGGCUUUCAUUUGAAGGAAAGCAUUUAAGGACAAGACUUUCAAAUGUAAAUCCUAUAUUUUACUGUCUUGUAACAAGCAUCUUCAGGUUAUGUGAACUCAUUUUGGAUUCCAUGUAGGAAUGAACUUUCACUAACCUUUUUGAAUGGCUAAUAAAAUUUAGUUUGGAUCAA